GAGUCUCAGCUUUCGGAGAUAACUUCCUCCCGCUGCAAACGGAUGCAUGCACGUAAUCCAUACCGGGAACCACCCGAUUUUCAAGCACUUGCGGAUGCCUACCCUCCUCUCCAACAACACAUCAUCGCAACUGCGAAUGGGUCGUCGAUCGACUUCAAGGAUGAGGCUUCACAGAGGAGACUCACCGAGGCGAUCCUACACCGGGACUUUGGACUUACGUUGGAAUUGCCUCCAAAUCGGCUCUGCCCACCGGUACCCAAUAGGCUGAACUACAUAUUGUGGCUGGAGGACAUCGUGGAAGCAUCUUCGCUAGCUAUUCGACCUGAUGACCGCGUUCACCCCGUACGAGGGCUUGACAUAGGGACAGGCGCGUCGGCAAUAUAUCCGCUGCUUGGGUGCAGCUUGCACCCCAACUGGACCUUUGCGGGGACAGAUGUCGACGAGACAUCCUUGGAAUAUGCGCGGUACAAUGUGCGCGCGAAUGGACUGCAAGACAGGAUAUCCGUUGUGCGAGCGGACAAGGAAGGACCCAUGCUUCUCCCAAUGUUCCAGAGCCAUGUGAAUUAUGAUUUCGUGAUGUGCAAUCCGCCAUUCUACAGCAGUCGUGAAGACGUCGCCCAAUCGGCAGCUGCCAAGGAACUUGGCCCAAACGCGGUAUGUACGGGCGCAGAUGUGGAGAUGAUCACCGAUGGAGGUGAGACGGCUUUCGUCGGACGAAUGGUAGAGGAGAGUCUAGCCUUGAAAGACAGGUGUAGAUGGUAUACGUCCAUGCUAGGCAAGAUGUCGAGCCUGAAGCAUAUCGUGCAAACGUUGCGGGACAGCAAGGUGGACAACUACGCGGUCGCUGAGCUCGUCCAGGGGCAAACGAGGCGCUGGAUCAUCGCCUGGUCGUUCGAAGACGUCCGCCUCCCAGAUUCACUAGCCAGGCUUUCUCAUCCGGGGCUUCAAAAUAUCAUGCCUGCUCGGAACACUUUGAAACAGCGGCUCCCUCCAACGGCCGACGACGCACAGCUUCCUGUGACAGUUUCGGACAUCAUCUGUUCUGUGGAGGGUCUGGUUGUGGACCAUGGUGCAGCGGAAGCGCCGGUGCUCGACUUGAUCGUCUCGGCGUCGGGAGACGUUUGGUCUAGGGCUGCGAGAAGGAAGAGACAGAAGGAAAUGCAGGUUGAAGAGGUUGCAGCAAUCGAGGUUCGCAUGACUUGUCGAAUCCGAAUUGAGGCGGGCUGCUUAGUAUUCGAUUGGGUGAAAGGACGAGAGCGUGGUGUGUUCGAGAGCUUUGCUAGUCAUAUCGAGCGGAAGGUAGCCUCGGCAAUGACACAUGACAUGCAUUAAUGCAGCGAUAGUGCGAG